AUGUGGUUUCAGGCAGUGGUCCCAACCCAGGUUCACCUGAGGUUUUGGUUUCUUACACUGCAUCAGCCCCUUCUGUUCCAGGCUCUCCUGGUGCUUCGAUAUGCCAUGUCUAUUCCCUCAGAAAAAAGACCAUCAAUGCAGACAAAUAUGGGUUUAGUCAAGAGACUGGAGGAAACCAUCACAAAUACUACCACAGGAAGUCCCCCACAAACUCCUCAGGAAAAGCAGACAGCUGUAGAAAGCUUUGAAACACUGGCACCUUCACAGGCAUUUAGGCCGUCUGGUAAAGACGAAUUUGUCAGCCUGGGUCUGAGGAUGUCCAAGUCAGAGUUCAUGUUCCACAACCAGUCCUCUGUGGAGACACUCUACGUCUCACCCUCGUUCAAAACUGCCAGCCCCGAGAAGGAGACCAGAGCCAGUGAGGACGUCCAGACCCCUGUGCAGUCCAAAAUCUGCUGGAUGGAAGAAGAUGUCAGCCUCAAGCCCUUAGCCAUGCGGGGUGAGUGUGCCCCCAAACAAGCCAAUAAUGCUAUUUCCACUGCCUCUGAGGUCACAUCUUCUUUUUCUGCUCUGUCUGUGUCGUCUCCUGACUCGGCCCUGCCAGAGAAGUCAGCCCAUCACUUUCCCCUGGUUUUCACCAGCCCUUCCUUCUUGAUCCAGCCCCGGCCACAGUCAUCGUCUGCCCCCCUCACAUACAAAGAUGAGGCAGCCAGGGUUCGCCACCCCUUUGCUCCCAGGGGUACAGCAUCUUCAGAGGACGAAGAAUACCCCAGUGGCCAAGAUAACUCCGACCCAGCUACGGAGAAGCCAGCUCACACUCCUAGCAGUAAUCAGGUAGCAUUUUCCUCCCCAGCUAGAACCUGCUUCCCCUCAGUUAGCCUGUCCCAGGCUAGUUUUCAGACAAGGGAAGGCUUGCCCAGGGAAUCCCCCGAGGCGAGCUCUCUCCAUGGGCUUCUAGGUGAGGUGAGGGGUGCUGUGCUCAGACUCCAUGAGGACCUGAGCCUAGUGAUCCAGGAACUUGGUGUCAUCAACAGUCACCUAGGCAACCUGAGUGGCAGCAGCCAAGCAGCCAGCGAGACUCUGCAGGACCCCCAGUCUUCCAUGGGGAGCUCCGAUCCUAUCUAG